GCAACUAUAAAUCUCCACAUAUAUCGUAAACAUAAAACAGAUUAUGGAAAACGGAUUUCAUUACAAGUUUUACAUGAAAAGAACCUUUUUUCCAUAGAAAACGAACAAGCAAAAUGCAAUAAAUGUUCACAUAUUUGUUCUAUUCGUUAUAUUGAUCAAAACAAGGAACUGGAAAAUCAUUUAUCAAAUGAACAUAAACUUGAUUACGCUCAAAUGAAUAAUUUUGUCAAUUGGCUAAAAUUGUAUCGAAAUGUAAUUUAUUUUCAAACAUUAGAAUGCAAUGCUUGCAAAAACAUUUCUAAUGACAAUUAUUUUAGUUUAAUGAGACAUUUUAUUGAAGAACAUCCAAUCAAAUUUCUCUUACAUCUAAUAUCAAGAAAAUUAUUAGAUAAUUUACAAAUUUUAAAAAUAUUUAAUGAUGCUAAGGAUAUUGCUAAACCAGGAGGCAGCAAUCAGCAACCACUUCAGAAUAUUAACCAAAGUUCUUUCAAAAUCACAUCACCAAGGUUAUCAGAUAUUUCAGAGUUUAAAAGUUCUGAUAAUGACAUAGAAAAUGUAGGUACAUCAGCAAUAAGCAGCUAUGAUCAGCCAACUCCGAAUAUUGAUCAAAGCUCUUCCAAUUACACAUCAAAAAGAUUAAUAAAUGAUAAAGAUUUAGAUAUUUCAAAUGCUGAUGAUGAUGCUGAAGAUAAUGCUACAUCAAGCUGUCAGCAGCCAGUUCAGAAUGUUGAUCAAAAUUUAUCCAAAAUUUCACUAACGAGAUUAAGUGACGAUGACAAGUUUGAAUGAAGACUUAAUUACUAACAAUGAUGGCCAAAUUAUUUUCCUUAAGGAGUUUGAAAUGGUAAUUAAAAUUAGGAUGCUUGCUAUUACGGAUAUAAUAAAAUAUGAAAUUAAAAAAUAA